CUUCACUUGAACAAGAAGCAGAAGAUGGACAGCCGACUGAAGCAGGUAGAUUAAAACAGAUUGAAACAGAACAUUUGUUCCCAACUCUUGGACAAGCAGGACCCCAAGAUGCCUAAAAGUGAUACCUGGCCAGGUGGCUUUGGAUUGGAGACGAUGAAUGGCAUGGACAGUGCUGGAAGCUGUGACAGCGUAGUCAGCGCCAACUCUGGCUUUAGUGAUGAUAGUAUGGAGCACCUGUCUGCUGAAGAGAAGGCCUGUCUCAUGUUUUUGGAGGAGACGAUUGAGUCUUUGGACACCGAGGAAGACAGUGGACUCUCCAAUGAUGAACCUGACCAACUGCCCAUUGCUGGCAACCUUGCAACCAAAGUGGCCGACCUCUCAGCCUCCAUGAACAAAAACAAGCUCAAGAAUUCUCCUAAACAUGCCUAUGAAGAACCCGUAAAGGAAAACGGUGACGUCAAACCCAUGCAGCGCUAUCUGGUUCCUACACCUCUUGUUGUGGCAAGCAGCUCUCCAUGUACUGUACCCAUUGCUAAUCCAGGUGUCCCCACAGACAGAAAAUUUACCUCUAAGGCUCAGGUCACUCCUACAAGUAAAGAACUUGGUCACCAGCACAUUCAGCAAGUUGCUCAGCAAGUACCUUUGGAGGUUAAUGUUGUGAUAUCUCCUCCCACCAAACCCAGGGACUACCCAGUUAAGACCGCUGAAGCUCCUUUACCUAGAGGUCCUCUGUCUUAUGAGGCACUAUUUUACCUUCGAAGGAGUGCCUCAACAAAGAAGACACCAUUAUGUCCCACAAUUGAUCAUACUAUCGAAUCAGACAAGCGACUUCCUGUCACAGUGGAAAGCCAAAACCUCUGUAACCCUCCAAAGUCCGUCAGAUUCCACCCGGAGGUUUCUAUAUCUAAGAUGAGUCCUCCAGUUGUGGCCCCGAAACCCAAAAAGAUUCCUGCCAACAUAUGUGUGAAAACACAAAAAGAAGCAUCCAUUAAAGUCUCAUCAUACAACAGCAAACAUGUAACAGAUCCCAAGGUUGUGAGACAGGAAGCUUUGCAGAAACUGGGCUUACUAAAAGACCAAGAGCCAGAAAAUCACACAGCAGCAACUUUGUCUCCCCCUGAAUCUCUCUCUUCUUUAGAUAGAACAUCUGAUGGAUUGACAAAAGGUCCGUCCUAUGGUAACCCAUCAAGAAGCCCAUCGUUUUGUCAUUCUCAAGUGCGAGCAGAGCCCAAGGCCAAGCCUUUACAGAGCAGUGCCAGUUUCCAUCACUACUCCAGACAAGAACAACAGCCUGUGUUUGUCUCAAAUCCAACCCAAUCCAAUGGAGUGAAGCCAGAGAGGCUGGGGCGCUCAAAUACAUUGGACAACCACAGAAGUGGUGGAAACUGUACUGAACUGCAACACAAUACAGCCACCAAGCCUGUUAACGCCACCGCAACUCAGCCUGCACCCAACAAGCCAUCAAACACAGUCCCAUAUACCGUGAUGGUGGUGCCUGGAAUGGGAGCUGAUCGAAGGGAAGCACUCAGAAAGCUUGGACUGCUCAAAAUCUAAACAGAGAAACAGCAGAAGUAGGCCUGCUGAGAAAGAGCUUAAGCGUACCAUCAGCUUAAGAGUUGGAGUGUUAAGUGGGGACUUGGCACGCUGCACGUUAGUUAACUAAAGCAGAAGAUGAUGACAACGAAGUGAAUUACAAGUGCUGGCAAUACCAGCAGGUAUGCAGGUCAUGGUUACUUGCAUGUAUGAGGGCAGGUUUUUCAAACCGCUGUUCCUCUGAAGGAGGAGUUAUCAGAUGGGAACACACAAUACCAUACUAUAACAUCACAAUUCAGCAAUGUAAGUGAUAAUUCAUACAUUGGAAUCAUCAUAUCUGAUUAAUUGAAGAAUAUGAAAUGCCCCUAAACAGGUUAAUAAAUGUACGGCAUAAAUGUAUUUGUUCUCUCGAGUUUGGUGUCAGUUUUACCUCUUAUCAAGCUCCAUCUCUUAACUUGACAUUCUCUGAAGUCAUCUGCUAUUGUCUAACAAAGUAAAAAUGAUAAAGCUUCUUGGAAAAACAGCACAUUUUUUAGGACUUUUGGUGUAGCUAUUCAGAAAGCCAUUAAGUGAAUGUGAGGCCAAAAUGUCCAGUGCUGCCUGUUUAUAUAUGGAUUAAAGAAAAAACACGAAAACAACUUUAGAUGAUAGUCUAUGGGUUAUAGCUAAAGCAGUUGGCCUCUCUUACUCUCUGCACCAACUGUUUUUCUGCAGACAUCAAAAGCCUACUGAAAUGCAUAUCAUUACUAUGUGGACUACAAACAGAAACAAGAAUACUGUGGAUACCAAAUAGACUCCCACAUCAAUGCACUGAUCGUAAAGAAAAGAAAAUAACGUAACAAGCUAUACUUCAACUUAAAGGGAACACCAACCCAAAUAAACAAUGUUUUCGCUUGAAGCGUUUUCUCAUCUGAACUCUGGGCACUGUCCGGACUUGCCCUUUCCAACAACCAGCUCACAGCAAGAGAUUAUCAACGUCUGACGCACUCUGAUCUACUGGAUAUUCUCAUGAAGGUCGUCUGGACAUCUGGGUAGAAAGUGCAAAAGGAGAAGGACUCAUCUGUCAUUGGUAUCGCAAUAUCAUGUAUUUGGACAUAUCCACAAGAUCAAUAUAGGACUGGAGGCAAUAUACAAAAAAGAAAAUGAAGUCGGGAAACCCAAGGUGAACAACAUCAACAACCUGCCCAAUUGCUUUGGACAGUUAUCGGCUACCUUUACACAUUGGCACCCAUGGACAUUUCACAGACUGUACACAAGGGGACUGUGAAGAAAGUGGUUCAGACAUUUGUGUUCUAACAUGCUGACAUGUCCAGUAUAAAAAGGGCUUUAUUGUUUCUGAUUGUUUCUUUGUUCACGGAUGUGCCUGUUGGUGGAUUGUUUAGCACUUUCCUUCUUGUCUUUGAAAAAAAAGUCAAUGCAGCUUGUAAUUAUUGUAAAAUUUAAGUGUUUUUGGAUUUCCCAGUUUAAAAAAAAAAUCUCAAGUAACUAUGAAUGAAUAAUAUCUCUUGUUUGACAGAUUCACUGAUUUGUUUCUGCAGAUAUUUUAUACAGCUGUUAUGGUGGUUUGCAAAAUAUGUAAAUAAAUUUAAAAAAAACCUGCCUUCCUUCAUUAUCUGAAUACUGGGAAUAAUAACCUGGAAUGACAAUCAAAGACAAUGAUUAUUUUUUACCCACUUAAAAAAAAAUCCUCAAAUUCAUGUGAAAAUAACGAAGUUUGGAUUUUUGAAAUGUGAUUAA